AUGGCCUCGAGAUUAGAUCGCCUCGUCACCAUCCUGGAGACUGGCAGUACCAGACUCAUCCGCGAUACUGCCGUCAACCAGCUGGCCGACUGGCAAAAACAGCAUCCCGAUGAACUGUUUAAUCUACUCUCCCGCGUGGUUCCCUACCUGCGCCACAAAGACUGGGAAACUAGAUCCACUGCCGCAAAGGCAAUUGGCAAAAUUGUAGAGAAUGCCCCCCUCUACGAUCCCAAUGAAGAUGAUGGCGACCAGGUCGCACAACCUCCCAAAAAGGAAGAACCCUCGUUCACCGAGAACGGCCAUGUCAAGAAGGAGCAAAACGACGACAAUACUGCCGGCAUUUCCAAUAUCGAUCUCGGCGCGGAUCAACACUUCACCCUUGAUGCCAUUGAUGUUGAGUCCAUUCUUAAGUAUGGUCGCGAACUGCUACGCGGCGGAGGCAUCGAGUAUAGCCUGGCAGCCAUGGACCCCGCAGACCGUCUCGCUCAUCAGAGGAAGACUCUUCCUGGCCGCCUUGGUUUGUUCGGUCGCAAAGUCGACGACGAAGAAAUUGCGCCUCCCGAACCCGUUGGCGUGCCCCCGACACCGAUUGAAGGCCCCAGCAAUGGCGGCCUCCCUCGAACUGACAGCGUCGGACAGCAGGGCGAGGACUCCCAGCUGAGCUCCAGGCAGCUUAACGUUCUGAAGCGCAAGCGAAAGAGAGAGGCAAUGAGAGCCUCCCAGGGAAAAAGCAGUUUCGGCGACCUCUCUCUCAGGCGCUCUACAACGGCUGGCUCGGAAGCUAUGGCCGAGGACACAAUUAUGACUGAUGCGGAUUCCAAAAAGAACGGCAAGAUGAACGACUAUUUCAACCUUGAUCGACCUGUUGAGACCGAUGAGGACACCAAGGUCGUCAGCGAAUUCAAGGGCCCUAUUAUUCCCAUCAAGUCCGAAAUAGAAACCGACGAUGACAUGCACGGCGCCGAAUGGCCCUAUGACCGCCUGUGUGACUUUUUGAAACUCGACAUUUUCGACCCCUCUUGGGAAACUCGUCACGGAGCAGCCAUGGCGCUGCGAGAGGUGAUUCGUGUUCAUGGUGGCGGCGCCGGUAGAGGUCCUGCCAAGUCUCGAUCCGAAAAUGAUUCCAACAAUAAGAAGUGGCUCGAUGACUUGGCUUGCCGCCUCUGUUUCGUCUUAAUGCUCGACCGGUUCACAGACUACAGCUCAGAUACAUCUGUGGCACCCAUCAGGGAAACCAUUGGCCAAACCCUGGGUUCCGUCCUCAAGCAUGUUCCCGCUGCGUCUGUCUAUGACACGUAUCGCAUUCUGCAUCGCAUGGUGCUCCAGGAAGAUCUCAAGAUGGAGCGCCCCGUCUGGGCUGUCUGCCACGGCGGUAUGGUUGGACUUCGAUACGUUGUCGCAGUGAGGAAGGACUUGCUGCUACAGCACAAUGACAUGAUCGAUGGCGUAAUAGCCGCGGUUAUGAAGGGCCUCGGGGACAUGGACGACGAUGUUCGCUCCGUGAGCGCUGCAACGCUGAUACCCAUGGCAAAAGAAUUCGUCAUGAUGCGCCCUGCUGCACUCGAUGGUCUCACAAACAUAGUCUGGGAGAGUUUGUCAAACCUGGGCGACGAUCUCAGUGCCAGUACCGGACGUAUCAUGGAUCUUUUAGCAACGCUUUGCAGCUUCCCCGAAGUCUUGGAAGCCAUGAAAGCCUCUGCCCAGAAAGACGAGGAACGCUCAUUCACCCUUCUUGUGCCUCGUCUAUACCCAUUUUUACGGCAUACCAUCACCUCUGUCCGCCUCGCCGUUCUGAAAGCCUUGCUCACCUUUGCCAACCUUGCUGAUGAGUCCUCUCAAGGUUGGUUGAAUGGCAAGAUUCUGCGACUCGUCUUUCAAAACAUUCUUGUCGAGAGGGACAAGGAGACUCUUAACGUGUCGUUGGAACUUUGGACUGCCCUAGUACAAAAUCUGGCAAGAAACCCGGCUACUCUGGCAGAUGAGUUUGCCCCCAAUAUCGAUGCCCUUAUGGAACUGACCUUGCAUCCUAUUGGUGUCUCUCGAUACCCCAUUCCGAUGAACGCCACGCUUUUCCAGAAGCCCUCUGGCGGCACAUACUCCAUGCCCGCCAACGCUCAAAACACGACCGGAAGACGUACAUCACCCGAAGUCGUUGACCGCGCCCCUAAACGGCGCAGAAAGUCUGCCAAGACAGAGGAUCCAACGCCGACACACGUUGGUCACGAUGUUGACGGACACAUGAUGACUGGCGAUGUUGAUCUUGUUGGCAUGGACAUCCUUAUUCGUUCGAGAACUUCAGCAGCCAAGGCUAUGGGUCUGAUCAUGUCUCAUGUGCCAUCUGCCAAGCUAGAUGACUUUGAUGCUCUUCUCGUCCCAGGUCUUUCUUCCGCCUUUGCCUCUACUCAGGUGACCGCCUGUCUGGUCAUUGAUGAGUAUUGCAAAGAGUGUCGGACUGAGGACGAUAUGACCACUCGAUAUGUCGAUCAUCUCCAGCGCAUCAUCGACAGUGACAGACCGACCUUCUACCGCGACCUUGUCAUCUAUAUGCAGCGUGUUCGCUCGCAAUGCCAGCAGCUCUUAUACAUGUUCAGAGAUCAUGGCAAAGUAGCACCCGGAAAGCUGCCAGUACUGCCUGUCGUUGUGCAGGGCGAAGCAGAAGCGGGCCCUAGUGCUUUCUCGCUUCUAACUGCAGACAAGUGCAUCGGCGAUGACUUUGACAAGCUGAAGAAGAUUAUGCCACCAGGCCAGCGCCUCAUUGCGAGCCAGCAGCUCGCCGAUGCGCGUGACAUUACUCAGACCGCCGUUCAAGAGGCCAAAACCCUAAAGGAAACUCGGGAUGUUCGGAUCAAGGCUGUCGCCGCAUGUGCACUCGUUGCUAUGAAGGUGCUUCCUAAGAAACCCAGCCCACUCAUCAAAGGCAUCAUGGAUUCCGUCAAGACGGAAGAGAACCAAAUUCUACAGUCCCGCGCUUCCGAUACUAUCGCUAGACUGGUUCAGCUCUUUGCUGACAAGGGUCGGCGAGGCCCUGCGGACAAGGUUGUCGCUAACCUGGUAAAGUUUUCAUGUGUUGAAGUGGCUGAGACGCCAGAGUUUCCCGUCCACGCGACAAAGAAGGAUUUUAUCUUGUCGAUGCAAAAAGAAGAGGACAGAGUCGACCAUGCUGACGCCGCCAAAUGGGCAAGAGAAGUCAAGGCUGCUCGUAUAACAAGAAGAGGCGCAAAGGAGGCCCUGGAAAUCCUGGCCCGCACAUACGGUGCCGCUAUCUUUGAGACUGUUCCCAGCCUGCGAAAUUUCAUGGAGCAACCCCUGCUCAAGGCCUUCUCUGGCGAACUCCCAGAAGCAGCCAAGGACCCAGAAGACACUUUCGGCCAGGAGAUUGUCGAUGCGAUGUCUGUCAUCCGCACCAUGACUCCAACGCUGCAUCAAGACCUCCACGCCUUUGUUCUGGAAAUGAUGCCGCUCGUCAUCAAAGCUCUUCGCUCGGAGCUUUCCGUCUUCCGCUAUAUGGCCGCCAAGUGCAUGGCUACCAUCUGCAGCGUCAUGACGGUCGAAGGCAUGACAACGCUGGUCGAAAAGGUUCUUCCCUCCAUCAGUAACCCGCUCGAUCUUCACUUUCGACAAGGCGCCAUCGAAGCAAUUUACCACCUCAUUGCUGUUAUGGGUGACUCCAUUCUGCCAUAUGUCAUCUUCCUCAUAGUGCCUGUCCUUGGCCGAAUGAGCGACUCCGACAACGAGAUCCGUCUGCUGGCUACUACUUCGUUUGCAACCCUUGUCAAGCUCGUCCCACUGGAGGCUGGCAUCCCAGACCCGCCGGGCCUCUCCCAAGAGCUUCUCAAAGGACGUGACCGUGAGCGCACCUUUAUCGCUCAGCUUUUGGAUCCAAAGAAAGUUGAACCCUUUGCUAUCCCCGUCGCUAUCAAGGCUGAGCUUCGAUCUUACCAGCAAGAAGGUGUCAACUGGCUCCACUUUCUCAACAAAUAUCAUCUUCACGGCAUUCUGUGUGACGACAUGGGUCUAGGGAAAACACUGCAGACACUGUGCAUCGUUGCUAGUGACCACCACCAGCGCCAGGAAGAAUUUUCCAAGACACAGGCCCCGGAUUCUCGCCGCCUGCCGUCUCUCAUCGUCUGCCCGCCUACGCUGUCUGGUCACUGGCAGCAAGAAAUUCGAACAUACGCGCCAUUCCUCAGUGUCACUGCCUAUGUUGGCCCUCCUGCCGAGCGCAGGCUGUUGAAACCGAAGCUCGGCGAGACGGAUAUUGUAAUCACGUCUUACGAUGUCUGCCGUAACGACUCUGAUGUGCUGGAGAAGCACAGCUGGAACUAUGUUGUUCUUGACGAAGGUCAUUUGAUCAAGAACCCCAAGGCUAAAAUCAGCCAGGCCGUCAAGAGACUUGCCAGCAACCAUCGACUCAUCCUGACUGGCACACCGAUCCAGAACAAUGUAUUAGAACUCUGGUCGCUGUUUGACUUCCUGAUGCCCGGCUUUCUAGGUACAGAAAAGGUCUUCUUAGACCGAUUCGCCAAACCUAUCGCUGCCAGUCGGUUCAGCAAGGCUUCUUCUAAGGAGCAAGAAGCCGGUGCGCUAGCCAUCGAGGCUCUACACAAACAAGUUCUCCCUUUCCUCCUCCGUCGUCUGAAGGAGGAGGUCCUGAACGACCUGCCACCCAAGAUUCUACAAAAUUACUACUGCGACCUCAGUGACCUGCAGAGGAAGCUGUUCGACGACUUCAACAAGAAGCAAGGCAAGCAGCUGCAAGCCGAGGCUGGCAGAGAAGACAAGGAGGCGAAGCAACAUAUUUUCCAGGCACUGCAAUACAUGCGCAAGCUCUGCAACUCCCCCGCCAUGGUGAUGAAACCAGGGGUCCCCAUGUUUGACGAGACGCAAAAGAUUUUGGCCAAGCAGGGCACAUCGCUUGACGACGUUGCGCAUGCACCCAAGCUUGGCGCACUUCGCGACCUGCUGGUUGACUGCGGCAUUGGUGGCGAUGAUGGCGAUAGCAAUGAUCCCCUGUAUCAGCCAAUCAAACCUCACCGUGCUCUCAUUUUCUGUCAAAUGAAGGAGAUGCUUGACAUGGUGCAAAACAAGGUCUUGAAAGAAAUGCUUCCUGGUGUGUCGCAUCUGCGCCUGGAUGGUUCGAUAGAAGCCAAUAAGAGGCAGGAUAUCGUGAACAAAUUCAAUAGCGAUCCUUCCUACGACGUGCUACUGCUGACAACUAGUGUCGGUGGUCUGGGGCUCAAUCUGACGGGUGCGGAUACUGUCAUUUUUGUCGAGCACGACUGGAACCCGCAAAAGGAUCUGCAGGCGAUGGACCGCGCUCACAGAAUCGGCCAGAAGAAGGUUGUCAAUGUUUACCGCCUCAUCACCAGAGGCACGCUGGAGGAGAAGAUUCUGAACUUGCAGCGAUUCAAGAUUGACGUGGCGUCGACGGUUGUUAACCAGCAAAACGCAGGUCUAGGAACAAUGGACACGGACCAAAUCCUAGACUUGUUCAACGUGGGCGAUUCAGGGCCAGGCCUGAUAUCAGACAAGCCUCAGAACAACCUGGAAGGAAGAGAGGAGGACAUGGUGGAUAUCGAAACGGGAGAUGUACUACGACAGCCAGGCAAGAAGGCGUGGUUGGAUGACUUGGAGGAGCUCUGGGAUGAUAAGCAAUAUGAAGAGAGCUUUGACCUGGAGGGGUUUAUGAAGUCAAUGUCAUGA